AUGGCUACUCUUUCUUCAAAACCUAAUCACGUUCGAUCAAUCAGUUUGCCUGGGAGAUCACACCCAACCACGCAGAGAGUUGAAGAGGAACUAAACAAGCUCAAAUCAUUGGAAGUAUCAGUUGCACCAGCAGAUCAACAUGUGAGGAACAACGUGGGGCUUCUUGAUCUUUGUGGCACAAUAAGGGAACUUGUCUCACAAUGUAAAGAAAAUAUCAAGAGGGACGCCAAAAGAUUAGUCUCGGCUUUGAAGCAAAUGGAUCAAGAGACAGCAGUAUCGGUCUUGCUAGAUGCAGAUCAAGAUACAGUAGCUGUGAUUAGAGCACUAAAAGAAGCUAAUGCAGUAUGCAUUUCAACUUUCCAAAUGCUCUUGUCCUUCUUCUGUGUGCCCCUUUUGAAGCCUAAGCCAUCUAAAUGGUCACUGCUUUCAAGAAUGGUAAGCAAAGAAAGAAUACCACCACUAGUCCUGGAAGAAAACAUGAGCUUAGAAACCAGGCUCGAAAGCUUUGAGGCUAAUCUUGUCAGCUUCGAAGAUGGAUUGGAAGCAACAUUUAGAUGCCUGAUUAGAUCUAGAAGCUCACUACUGAAUGUUUUCUCCUGCUAA